AUGUGCGGGAACUGCUGCUCAGGGAAGAAGGGAAGCGUUGUGUUCUCUGAGGAGGAAGCAGAGUCAAUGGCGAACAAGUUAAACAUCAACGUGAAGGAGUUUCUUCAGAGUUACGCUAGGAAAGGAAGAUCGGGGAGCUGGGAGGAAGGCUCUUGUUUUCCAAUCUCGCUUCUCAUGGUCCUUGUUGCAGCUGCAAGAGUCCUGAAGCAUGUAGCUAGGAAGAUGCCUGGAAAAGCUGUUUGCAUGCUUUACGAGUCUCGCCCGCUGCAAUGCAGGACGUGGCCAUUCUGGAUAGAGAACGUUGUAGAUCAAGAAGCUUGGGAGGAGGCAGGACAAGAGUUCGUGUUUUCGUUUCAGUCUGUCACAAAUUUUGACAAGAAUUCGGAGAGCAGAUGUCCUGGUCUUGGUAAGGGAAGACUUCACGAUGCGAAGACGAUUUUCGAAAGUUCACAAACUACGAGCGAUGAUUUCCCUUUCAAGUAG